AUGCCGAGAGAACCCAUCCCGCGUCGGGCCAAGGAGGUGAAGCGCGAGCCCACGGACUACGUGUCGCUCAUCCAGCCGGCCUUCCAGCCGUCGCAGGUGGUCGGCCACCGCAAGAAGGAGGAGGAAGCCAAGAAGGAGGCGGCGACCAAGAGCGCGGCCACGCCCAAGAAGAAGCUGACCCAGAAGCAGCGCAACGGGAAGCCCACCUAUGCGAGGAUGAUUGCGAACGCUCUCGUCCAUCUUCAGGAGAGGACCGGCUCGAGCGGCCCCGCUAUCGCCAAGCACAUCGAGGCCAACUACGGCAAGAACCUUCCCGAUAACUUCAAGAUCUUCCUCCGUCGCGCAUUGAAGAACGCCGUCGAUGAGGGCAUUCUGAGGCACGAGGGCGCGCGCUACCGUCUCUCGAGCUCGGGCAAGUACAAGCUCGGUCUCAAGAAGAGGAAGAAGGCCCCCAAGAAGAAGUCCUCCUCCUCGUCGUCGUCGUCUUCGAGCAAGAAGAGGAAGUCGAGCUCUUCGUCGUCGCGCUCGAAAUCGCCCAGCCGAUCGAGCAAGAAGUCGUCGAAGGACAAGAAAAAGAAGAAGACCAAGAGCAGCAGCAGCUCCUCCUCAUCCUCCUCUUCGUCUUCUUCCAAGGCGAAGGAGGCCAAGAAGCCGUCUUCUCGUUCGACUCGAUCCUCCUCGUCGUCGCGCUCUUCCUCAUCGUCGUCCUCGUCUUCUAAGUCGUCCGAGCCCAAGCUGACGCCCGCCGGCUACGAUCACUACUGGCAGUUCCAGGAAGGUAGCCGUUGGCUUCCGUACGAUGCGACGGCCUCGGACGUCGUCGAGAAGGCAUACCUCGAUUACAAGAAGAACCCCGGCAUGUGCGACGUCCGCGCCGUCAAGAGCGGUCAGUGGCAGUACCAGGUCGAUUUCCUCAACAACAAGCAGACCAACAUUCAGCAUGAGAACCACACCGUGAGGUCCAUUCGUCGUGUAGCAGUAGGCAAGGAGUCUCCCUAA